ACAUUCAUGCUAACAACGUAGGUAUACGUCGAAAAUCAAUCUAAGUGAUGUAGCACAUCGUUUUAUCACGCCGAAAUAAAAACAUGAGUAAAGCGUAGAACGUACAAGAACGUUGGAUAUCCGUAUAAAAAUCAUAAAACUACGUACUAGCGCCACACCAUAUCUAAAUCUCGGACUUCUAGCGCCACUGGAAAUGUGUUUUAUUUCAUGAUGAUUCCCAGUCACUCACACAGUUACAAGUACCCACACCACAAACGCACAACGUCAUCACACGGUGACCUUUGUACGCGCCGCCAUACUGUCAGUGAGGCUGUUGCGCUCGCAGCGGGAACACGACGCACACCAAUUACGCGCGAAAUCACCGUCAUGGAAAGUAAGAGGAAAUCUAAAAAAAGACGACCCAAAGGAAAAGACAAAAAUGAGACCUGCAAAAGAAAAAAUACGACGAAAUCUAUUGAAAUGGACACGGAGGAGAAACGACCACAACGGACGAACAAGGCUUCAAUGAAAAUGUUUGAAGAUAAUGUCUCGUCACGGCAAAGUACACCAGACCCAUUUAGCGACGAUGGAGAGUAUAGCUCCGAUGAAGAAUAUGAUCCUGCCUCUGACGAUUCAGACAGCAGUGUUGUUAGUGAUUUGGAAUUUUGUUGCAGACGCACUAAACCAUCGUUGGGGAGCAGGUCUGAGUCUGAAGCUGGUACAGAUAAUGACGAUGAUAACGAAACCGAUUCGUUUUCGGAAGCUUCAAGUAAUAGCAGUAUUUUUGACUCUCAUCGCCGCCGCCGUUUAGCUCUUAAACGUUCCCAUUCAACCACUUCAAACAAUGGCACAAACAAACCUAAAACAAAACAGGCGAAAGUUGAACAUGCUGAUGACAGUGCAGACACAAUUUCUUUGCAUUCAGAAACUUUAAGGAACAACUUGGGUGAUAUAAAUGUUUUAGAAAUCUCAUCUUUGCUUCCUGACCCGACAGAAAUAGAAAAUAUGUCAAUUUGUACGAGAAAUCAGUCACCUCUGGCAUCGCCGCCGCCACCGGAUCCGGUUGAAGCUGAAAGAAAUGACUCACCUGCGUCGCCGCCGCCACCGGAUCCGGUUGAAGCUGAAAGAAAUGACUCACCUGCGUCGCCGUCGCCACCGGAUCUGGUUGAAGCUGAAAGAAAUGACUCACCUGCGUCGCCGCCGCCACCGAAUCCGGUUGAAGCUGAAAGAAAUAACUCGCCCCGUGUGUCACUAAUGCCAUCAAGAUCUGAAGAUGCCCAAAGAAAUAAUCCGACCGGAAUCCCGGAAGAAGGUAAUGUUAGACAGUCUGGUAACGACGUUGAAGCUCCAAAUGACUGGGAAACUACAAUAGCGGACAUACCGUUGUUUCAAUUUGAUGCCCUUUCUGCGGGUGCUCAAUUUAAUGUCGGCCCAGGUACGACGGUCAUAGAUGUUUUUCAUAAAACGUUCCCACCUAAUAUUAUUGACUAUAUUGUAACAUGCACUAACGCCUAUGGUAAAGCACUUUGUUUGUCAAAAAGACCAGCAACCAGGAAUACACGUCAUUACAAUUUUAAAGACACGAACCAAGAAGGAGUCCGUAAGUUUCUCGGUUUGUGUUUGCUUAUGGGUCAAAUAAAAAUUCCCCAAAAACGAAAGCAUUUUACAUACAGUGAUCCACUGUAUUACCACCCAAUAUUUUCUUUUAUAAUGUCAGCAAGAAGAUUCGAACAAAUUCUAAGAUGCUGCAUCAGAUUUAACAGCAAAAGGAAAAGAAAAAAUUGUGAAUUUUAUUGA